UUCAGAACGCAGUAGGGCUAAACUGCAACUAACUUCGGGGCAAUACAAGAUGAUUGUCCCGGGCAAUGCCCUUUGGUUAUUGAGUUUCUGAACGCAGCCAGUCCCCGCCUGCCUCUAAAAAGAACAUGGCGGCACCGCCGUCGUCCUAGUGCAACGCCUGACAUUAUUACUCGAAUUUUACAAAAACUUUGUAUUAAAAUGUGAAAACCAUGAAUUAAAUCGAGUGGUGUUGUGUUAUUUAAGUGUGUUUAAUGAUGUGCCGGACCGGGAUGUGCCGAUUUGGAAUCGGGAACUGGAUUUUUUUGAUCGCUUCGGCACAUUUGUUUACAUACGUCCAAGGUGCAGAGGAGCUGGUCCCAGACGAAGGCGUCCGGUUGACAGCAGAACCGCACGACGCGGUGGUAGAAGAAGGGGAUGCUAUAGUCUUGGCGUGUGCUGCAGCCAGGGGGGCCAGGGUGCACUGGAGACACCGAGCUGAUGGUCCACCGAGAAGGGAUGACGUCAUAUCCAGCGAGGAUAAGUACAGAAAGCAGCUGGCGAACGGUUCUCUAGCAAUAGAGAGCAUGUCAGCAACGCUGGCAGGCCAUUACCAGUGUGUGGCCACAGGCAGCGCGGGCAGCGUGGUGUCAAGAGUGGCGCUAUUAUAUUUAGCAGAAGUCCCACCACUCCUCCCCGGCCCUCGCAGUAUCCUUGGAACAGUGGGAGCUCCAGCACUCCUCCCUUGCGGAGUCUCCUCUCCUCCAAGAGUGGCCGUGAGGCUGCAGGGACCAGCAGCGUUACCUGAGAGGAAGGUCUACUCCGCAGCGAGGUUACACAGCCCACCACCAGUUCUCAAGCUUAACGUGACGUGGCUAAAGAACGGGUCACCAGUACGACUAGAAGCAGCGAGGGUGUCGGUGACGCCGAGCGGAGCGCUAGAACUAGACCCUCUGCGGCCUCACGAUGCUGCCACCUACCGGUGUCGAGUAGCACUAUCGCCGCAUAAACAUAGGACGGGAGAAGAGAUCGAGCUGCUCGUGAGCACGGAGCCAGCAGAUGAGGAACCGCCGCGGUUUGUCGCGACUCCUCAACCAAUCACCGUCAUCGAAGGUGCAUCUGUGACGUUCGACUGUGCAGCGGUCGGCAACCCCAAGCCAGAGAUCACGUGGCUCAACAACGUUGGAGUCGCUAUUGAUCUCAAUGACCUGGACUCGCGGUUCUACCUGGUGGGAUCUGGGUCUCUGCGGGUGCAAGCAGCGAGGGGUUUGGACGCGGGCAGCUACACCUGCCGAGCACAUUCGCGGCUGGACUCUGCUGACAGCGCUACCACGUUGACUGUUCUGACGGCACCCCGCGUCUCUCUCCCGGGUGGCUCAGUAGUUGUGGCCCGAACGCGAGGCGAUGUCACCUUACGAUGCGACGUUCGAGGUCGAGGAGCUACUGUAUCAUGGCUGAAAGAUGGCGAGCCAUUGACUCCGAAUCAGCAUGACAUAGCUCUAGUUGACGGGUCAUCGCUGCGUAUCCAGGGCGUGUUGCGCGUGGACGCCGGCAUGUUUCAGUGCGCGGCGAGCAGCGCGGCCGGCAGCGCCGUCGCUGCGCUGAGACUAGUCGUGCUACCACCCGACGAUGAGCUCGCCUCCCUCCCCUCCCCUCCCGACAUCUUCAACUCCCUGGUCCCCGACUCCCCCGAUGCGCCCGACUCCGACUUCCUCGGAGAAACCUCCUCAGCGUUCACGCACCCACCUGACUACUAUGAUUACACGCUCACUGAAGGCCUGGAGCUGGGACGAGAGAAUGCCACCAUCGUGUCACCACCGAGAGAGUUGAGGGCGGUAAUCGUGAAGCACCGUUUUGUGACACUAAGCUGGCUGGAACCGGCCAGGAAACUGGAGGAGGUGGUGGGGUACGUGGUGGUGUAUCGAGUCAAAGGGAGCGAGAGGGAACGAGUAUCUCGCGGCAGCGCGACGCGUUUCGAGAUGAACGUGGCGACACUACAACCGAAUACAACCUAUGUGUUCAGCGCACGCGCGCUAACGCUCAGCGCCAUCUCUCCGCCAACUGAGUCGAUCGAAGCGCACACAGCUCCUGAAGAGCUGAGCUUUGGACCCCCGACGAACGUGAAAGUGGAAGCCACCGGGCCGCACAGCCUGCGAGUGAAGUGGUCGCCGCCGGCGCAAGAGCCCCAGCCACCACAUUACACCGUGCACUACACGGAGGUGGAAACCGGUCGAGAACAAGUAGUGACAGCGGACGCAGAGGCGGAUGGGAGCGGCGCCGUGACGCUGGGCGGGCUGCGCGCCGCCGCCGCCUACGCCGUGGCCGUGGCGGGCGCGGGCGGCGCGGCGGCCGACGCCGUGCUCGCCCGGACCUUGGCACUGGCGCCGCUAGCGCCACCUGUCAAUGUUAGCGCUGAACCAGCAUCACCCACUUCGAUUUUGGUUCGCUGGGAAGCCCCACCCGCCCGCACACACCGUGGCCCCCUCACCGGGUACAAGGUUCGAUUCCGGGCAGCGGGCGCCAGAAGGAAAGCUGACUCGUUGACUACCCCCGCUGACGCCAGGCGAGCUGAGUUGAGAGACCUCGAUCCUCACACCACAUAUCAGAUCCGCGUAUGCGCCAUCAACGCGAACGGUUCAGGACCGUUCAGUGAAUGGCUGACAGCCGCGACGCAGGCGCGUGCGCAGGACGAGUCAAGAGUACCACCGCAGCCACCACCACUUAGCACUCGCGCCGGUCGCGACUGGAUCUCAGUGUGGUGGGAGGAAGGCUCGGAAGCGGGGUCCCUGAUCCGCGGCUACCGGCUUGGCUGGGGGCUCGGGGUCCCUGAUGUGCACGGGAAAGACCUACCUGCUGCCACGCACCAUCACGUCAUUAGAGGAUUAGAAUCGAACGAAGAGUACGUGAUAUCCCUCCACGCGUCGAACGCGCUCGGCGCCGGGCCGCCGGUGUACGCGACUGUACGCACCAAGGCGGCCGCGGAGGGCGACGACCUCGAGGAGGACGAGGAGGAUGAGGAGGAAGAGGACGAGGAGGAACGGCCGCCGCUGAUACCGCCUGUUGGACUUAAGGUGAUAAUGCUGAGCGGUAGCACGGCUGUGGUUUACUGGACCGACCCUACGUUACCCAAAGGACAGACGGCAACAGACGGGCGUCGUUACGUGGUGCGCUACGCGGCCGCAGGCGCCGGACAGAGAGCGCGCAGCUUCAACGCAACUGACCUUAAUUGUAUGCUGGACGAUCUCAAACCGUUCACGCUUUACGAGUUCGCUGUCAAACUCAUUAAAGGAGGUCAAGAGUCCGCGUGGUCCAUGCUAGUUUCCAACACGACACUGGAAGCCGCGCCCGCGUCCGCCCCGCGCGACUUGCGCGCGUCGGCCGCCGCGCCCGCCGCGCGGGUCGUGGACCUCGUGUGGACGCCGCCGGCGAAGCCUAAUGGGGUUAUUACAGGCUACACAAUAAUGUACGCCCCCGCCGGCGCGGGCGCAGGCGACUGGACCGUGCAGAAAGUGGAGGGCGACCGCCCGAGGGCAAGAGUCGAGAGGCUUCGGGCCAGAACCACUUACUCCUUCAAGGUUCAAGCGAAGAACAGUAAGGGAGUUGGCCCGUUCUGUGCGCCCAUAUCCUAUACUACGGGCAUUGACACGGGCGGCGGUGGGCUGGCGGGCGCCACGUCGGCGUGGCUGUGGGCAUCGGCGGGCGGCGCGUGCGCCGUGCUCGCGCUCGCCGCUGCCCUCGCACUUUCCUUGUGUUGCCGCAAGGCGCCGCCACUGUCGCCGCAUACCAGCACCUACCAGAAGUCGUCAGCGUCCGCCGGCAUCAAGCCGCCAGACCUCUGGAUCCACCACGACCAGAUGGAGCUCAAACACCUGGACAAGAGCCUGCACAGCUCUGCUAGUAAGAUAUCAGCGGGCAGCGUGGACGGGCCGUCGGCGCUGGCGUCCUCAACACUCACUCUGACGCGCGCCCCCGCCGAGUAUGAGCCCGCGCGCCACCCGCCGCCCGCCAGCCUCGACCGCAGACACUACGUGCCUACUUAUGUCGACCGGCGCUCGCCGUCUUGCGCGGGCUCAGACGAGACAGCUCCACUACGCUCGUCGCCUGCGCCGAGGUCGUGCAACGUCUGUGCUUAUCGACCGAUGACGGGCAUGGGCGUGGGAGUGGGCGUGGGCGCGGGGUGCGCGGGGGGCACGUGCGAGCGCCGCGCCAUGCGCCCACCACUGGGACUGCCGCAUCCAGAACAGCAGGAGUGUUUCCAGAGCACGCCGCUGCUGGCGGGCGUGGCGCCACUGUCGCCACAGUCGUCGCUAGCAUCGCUACAUGCGCACGCGCACCCCGGGCAUGCGCACAACACGCUGCCUCAUACACACUCGCUGGCGCACCCGCCGCCCGCGCCUUGCGGAGGCGGCACAUGCCCUUUAGGAGCCGCGUGCGCGCCGCUCGGAGGCACCACGCCCGCCGGCUCCGACAUCUACGCAUGCGCGGCGAGGGAACGAGGACACUAUGUCGCUUACGAGCCGCUAGGACAUUACACGCAUCGUGACUCAAUGAGCAGCGACGCUGGAGGCCUGAGCGGGACCGGCGCCAGCGGCGCGAGCGGCGCCAGUGGCUCCCUCAGCGGCACCGGCGGGAGUCUACAGCGGCGCGCCUGCGCAGGCCCGCUGCACAGCUUCGCUGACUCGCCGCAUUCCACGCCCAGUCAUGGGCAGGGCAGCGUAAGAGAGACGUCACCUUACAAGAAGAGCAACAGCUCGUCUCCCGGACACAUCCCCAAUAGACUGCAGCUAGGAGGCAGCGUCCCACACUGCCCGUCAGAGCUGGAAGCGCUCACGCCAUCCCGCUCUACGGAGCGGCUGGCGAGAGAGAUGCAGAACCUCGAGGGCCUCAUGAAGGACCUCUCCGCCAUCACGCAGCAGCAGUUCCACUGCUAGCGCACACUCACCCCUCCGCAGGAAGGGGAGAUACGUGUGUGACGGACUUUAAG